GUGAUGAUGAGAGUGGCAGUGCACUGGCAGAGACUGGUUUAAAAGCAGCCUCUUUGAGUGCAUGCAGCUCAUCCAGUUAACCGUCAUGCAAUGCUUGCCGAAGUCUGCACUUUUACGGAGUAUGUAAUUUGCUGCGCGUAAGACAACUGAAACUCAACUUUUUUUUCUAAACGAUGAUAUGGUUGUUUUGUUUUUGUACUUCAGGAAAGGCUGUUUUAUUUGAAUGGAGGUCUCCCAACUAUUUAUGCCUGGCUUUUUAAGCAAGGACACAAUACGUACAACUGUGGUCUCGUGGAGAUGAAAAUGGACUCUUUCUAAUUCUAUAAACGCGACUCUCUUUUUUCCCCUUUUUCAUAGAACAGUUUAACAUAAUAUCCAAAGAUGCAGGUGUUUGUGUUUGCUACAGUUUUACUUUACAUCAGGGAUUUCGUUGGAGCAGAGCCUAAAACGAAGUGUCCAUCGCGGUGCGAUGUAAGCACUUGUCCGAGCCCAAGCUGUCCGAGUGGGUACGUCCCAGACCGUUGCAACUGUUGCCUGGUUUGCGCACAGGGCGAAGGGGAUCCAUGCGGACGCAAAGACGACCUGCCCUGUGGAGAUGGUUUGGAGUGCAAGCAUCCUGCUGGAAAGCGCCUCUCUAAAGGCGUAUGUCAGUGCCGAUUCACAAGCAAGGUAUGCGGCAGCGAUGGGAAGACGUACGGGAACGUGUGCCAGCUCAAGGCGGUGAGCCGUAAAGCUCUGCAACAGGGACUCCCCGGCAUUACUCAAGUGCACAAAGGCCCCUGUGAAACAGACCUAGGUCCAAUACAUCCCAACAGUCCGCGAUACAAGUUUAACUUCAUCGCUGAUGUGGUGGAGAAGAUCGCUCCGGCUGUGGUUCACAUUGAGCUCUUUCUUAGACAUCCUCUGUUUGGCCGCACGGUUCCCCUGUCUAGUGGCUCGGGCUUCAUCAUGCUGGAGACGGGCCUGAUCAUCACCAACGCUCACGUGGUCUCCAGCACCACGCCUGUGUCCGGCCGCCAGGAGCUUAAGGUCCAGAUGCACGACGGCGGGGUCUAUGAGGCCACCAUCAAAGACAUCGACAAGAAGUCCGACAUCGCCACCAUCAAGAUCAACCCCCAGAAAAAGGUGCCAGUCCUGGCUUUAGGUAAAUCUACAGACUUGCGCCCUGGCGAGUUUGUUGUUGCCAUCGGCAGCCCCUUCGCCUUGCAGAACACCGUUACCACGGGGAUCGUCAGCACAGCACAGAGAGAUGGCAAGGAGCUGGGCAUCCGUGACUCCGACAUGGACUACAUCCAAACAGAUGCCAUCAUCAACUAUGGGAAUUCCGGUGGACCUCUGGUAAAUUUGGAUGGAGAAGUGAUUGGGAUUAAUACCUUGAAAGUUGCUGCCGGUAUCUCCUUUGCCAUUCCUUCAGAUAGGAUAACACGCUUCCUCAAUGAAUCUCAUGGAAAACAAAGCAAAGAAAUCCGAAGCGUGAAGAAGCGUUUCAUUGGAAUACGCAUGCUGACCAUCACACCAGCCCUGGUGGAGGAGCUGCAGCAACAGAACCCAGACUUCCCAGAAGUCAGCAGUGGGAUCUAUGUCCAUGAGGUGGUCCCCAACUCCCCUGCUCAGAAGGGGGGCAUCAGAGACGGCGACAUCAUCGUGAAGCUGAACGGCAUGCCCCUCAUGACGACCUCUGACCUCAAAGAGGCGUUGACGGAAGAGACGGCCCUGCUGCUGGAGGUGCGCCGUGGAAACGACGACUUGCUCUUUAACAUCCAGCCUGAUGUCAUCAUGCACUGAGCGACUGAUCAGACACAAAGGAGGAGCUUGCACAACAGUCGCCACCGAACUCAGACUCUGAGGAGAGGGGACGUGGAGUUGUUUUGACAGCAAAGGGGAAGAGGCCAUAAGGCCAGACAUUUUGGCCAACCUUUAAGACUUAUCAAUGAACAGCUUGAAUGAACAGCAGGCCAGUUAAGUAUUCAAGGCGUUAUACAGCACAUGACAAUUUCCUCAUUGGAUUUUGAUUCAAAUUUGUGUUCUCUUUUCAUGUUAUCCGUUACGAUGUACUGAAGCUCUUCAUUUUUGACGUGCCUACUGCAAUGGUCAGCAGGUGUUAAGACACAAAGCAAUGUAUCAAAAACAGUUUACAGUAUUGAAAUAUUUUAACACUGACCUUUUGCUGAGGUAGAUAAAGCACUUAGUUUCUCCAAAAGCAGAUACAUUUUUGCUUAGUAGAAGCUACAGUACAGCCAACAUGUCUUUGUUUCAUCUAAGAGGACAUUUGAACAUUAGACUUUUGCCUUCAGCCGUCUCAACAGUCUGUAUAUCAUCAAAACACAUGAAAUGCAAUACUAGCACUUGGCUUCGACUCAAGUGUGACACUAAUAACUAAUGUGAAAAAAAUAUGGGAAAGUCAACACAAGAAGGGAGGAUGAGACUGAGUGCUGGUUGUUUUUCUUUGAUGAGAAAAAAUGGGACCAAAGCAUUGUAUGUUUAUUUUUGUUUGAUGAUCUGAGCUGUUGCUUUGUUUAAAUUUCAUUAGUGCUUUUGGUAUGAUCAGCUGGUUUGUGGGUUUUUUUUUUUAGAUUAUGAAUUUAUAUGUUGGAGUAUCAUUAUCAGUUAUGGGUCAACAACAUGUAUUUUGAGCUGAAAGUAACUUCAAUAAUCAUGUUCGUGUUCGUUUCAUUGUAAUUUUUGAUUUGAAAAAAUUAUUCUGUGUUCUCCCAUUUUAAAUUGGAAUGGGAGAGAAAGGAGAAUCCACAAGGGCUGGCCUGGAUUCUGGUCAGGUUCCUCACAGAACUGAUUUCCUUUUACACUGUGUUUUACUCAGCCACCUGGAGCUAUGUACGAUUUACAACGAAGGUAAACCCAAUUAUAGCCGUGUAUCCACCGGAUUGUGUUUGUAUACCGUUUCUGCAUAAUAAACAAGGUGGUGUUGGUUUUCAACUGCUCCCUGUUCUGCGAAACUAUG